AUGCCGUCAAAAAAUAAUUCAGAACCUUCUACCUUUACAACUUCUAUUUUCACAAGAUGGUUAAAAGGUCAAUUAUCACGUAGUGAUAAAUCUAAAGAAAACUCUAAUGGAUUUUCUUUUAAAAAAGUUUUUUCAAAUAUUCCUGGUUCUUCAUUUACUUCACAACGAUUAUCUAAAAAUUUGGAGAAACGUUUGAAACGUUCAAAAUCUUUAACUUCAUCUUCAAAACGUCCUAAUAGUGUUUGUGCGGAACCAAAUUAUUGGGUUAAUGACGAAAUUAUUGAAGGUGCCGAAUUUUUAUCACCUUUUUUCUCAGGACCGGAUAUUUACGAAUUACCUGUACCUAAAAAAUUUCAAGCUCCUAUAC